CUUUCUUCCUUUGUCUCAUCACCCAACAUGCCAGAACAGCGCCAGCAAGACACUGCCCCCCCGGCAUCCACCCCCAUGUCCUCGAGCAGCAUCGCCACCGUCAAGCCCACUAGGCCCCCCUCCACCGCCUCCCUCCGCCACCAGCACCGCGCCCAGCCCUCCCGCUCCUCCACCCAGGCAAACCAGCCCACCGCCACAGGGAGCAGCGUCUCCCGCUCCCACUCCCACUCCCGCCGGCAGUCACUCGACACCUUUGUCCUCGACUCGCAACCUCCAUCGCCCAUCACCUACUUUCCAAAUCCAUCCACCUUUGUCAACCCCACAGAGCCCGUCUACUCUACCCCCUCAGCUACCAACUCGACGUCCACGUCGCCCACGGCCUCUAUCAUGCCCAUCUCGACAGACUCGGAAGAGCCCACGUCGACGAUCUCGAAUGCCCCAGCAGGGUCCAUGGCACCAUUGCGCACGCCCCGCCUCAACCCUGCCCCUAAUGCCAACCCAAAUACCAUGCUAGGCCUCGACGUCGGAGCGCCUUCUCCUCGGGUUGCGUCGCGGCAGCAGAACGCUUCCAACACUGGUACUGGAUCGAGCAGCUCGAGUAACGCCAUGGAGCAGGCGCGGAGAAAAGGAUCGAGCAGGGUCUUUUCAACGCCUGUAGCUGGGUACGCGGCCACGCAUCCCAAUAUCGGGUUGGGCCUCGGGCCUACUCCUUCACGCAAUGGCUCAGGCUCUACAUCGUCGACUAUUGGGCUCGGACAACCAGGCGAUGGUCCCCUCGCGAGCCCGCGCAGAAUAUCAACAUCACGGCCCUUCCAACACCCACCCCAAUCAGCCCAUCCCUCUUCCUCUGGCGGUCUCGGCCUUCCCAGCCACGAAGCGUACUAUUCAGCUAGCCAGCCGGCUAGCGCUACCACCCCGCGCUUCCGCGACAAGUACACCUCUCGCGGCGGCAAGGGUCACCAGCACACGUCCAGCUUGGGCGGCGGGCAUCCGAGCUCGGGAGGGUACGGUGCUCUGGGCCAUUCGAGAGAUCCCGGAUCUGGUCUAGCACCGGGCGUUUCGGGGCUGGCUGCACAUUCUGGCUAUGCCAACAACGGAGUACUCAAUUCUCCGUUCCUUUCGCCCAAAGGCUCUGUCAUGCAAAAACUGCGUAAACGCGCGAGUGCGGUGGGGUUGGGGUUGGGAAGACCAGACAACUAUGACGAGGCUGCGUUGGUACGGCGAGAGGAUGAAGAGAUGCUGGAAGAUACGGAAGGAGAACGGGCAAAUGGUACGAGAGUGUGGUAUAGCUCGUAUGUCACGAUAGACUGGAUUCACGAUGCUAUUAAAGAAUCUUCACGGGUCCGACGUCUCCGCCACAUGGCCUCCCGAUCCAUACGCGGCAAGAUACUCAACUCUUGGGACCGCUUCCAAGGCUGGCUAGUCGUCACCCUCGUCGGUAUCAUCACAGCCCUCAUCGCUUUUCUGAUUGUCCGCGCCGAAAUGGCCUUUUUCGACCUCAAAGAAGGUUUCUGUGCUACCUCUUGGGGCACUGCAAAACGGUUCUGCUGUGCGCCACGGCAUCAGAGCCCAGGAAGUGAUGGAGGGGAGGACGAGUGUACGGAUUGGGUGGAAUGGGGUGAAUUCUUCAACCCCGGAGAAAAGGGCGGACCGGAUGGAGCUUGGACGUACGGAGGUCCAGAGUUUAUGGCGUAUGCUGCUGUUGCCAUGAUCCUAGCAAUCAUUGCGAGCUGUAUGACCGUCUACCUGUCUUCCUCGGAACACCACACGACUUCCAAAGACUCUACCUUCCUCCAACCUCCUUCCCGUGCACCCACCGCAAAACACUCUGUCACCUCGUCGCCCACCAAACCGAACCACUCCAAUCUCAACUCAAACCAACUCGCCAACGAACGCCAACCUCUGCUCGAUGCAAUCACAAACGAACCUCCCACGCCUCUGCUAGAGUCGGCUCCUGAGCCUUCUCGUAAAGUCAUGUUUUACGCAGCAGGCUCUGGUAUUCCCGAGAUCAAGACCAUUUUGAGCGGAUUUGUGAUACAUGGGUACCUCGGAGGAUGGACGUUGAUUACAAAGAGUGUGGGUUUGGCGUUGAGUGUUGCUUCGGGGUUGAGUUUGGGGAAGGAAGGGCCGUUGGUGCAUAUCAGCAGUUGUGUGGGCAAUAUCGUGUCGAGGCUUUUCAUCAAAUACGAGUGUAACGAAGCCAAGAGACGAGAGAUCCUUUCUGCUGCGUGCGCUGCCGGUGUGGCAGUUGCGUUCGGAGCUCCUGUCGGCGGCGUUCUCUUUUCGUUGGAAGAAGUGUCCUACUACUUUCCGUCCAAGGUCAUGUGGAGAAGCUUCUGGUGUGCUGCGAUUGCGGCCAUCACACUCAAAGCUCUCAAUCCGUUCGGUAACGGCAGUCUCGUUCUGUUUGCCGUGUCAUACACGAAAGAGUAUCACUAUUGGGAGUACGCCGUCUUUGUUGUCCUUGGUAUCUUUGGUGGUCUGUAUGGUGCCGUGUUUGCGAGGUUGAAUAUCAUCUGGAGCAAACACGUGCGGAACGGGACUUGGUUGAAGAGGCAUCCGAUCAUCGAGGUCUUACUCGUUGUGCUCCUCACCACCAUCGUGUCAUUUACCAACCCUUACACGCGAAUGGGCGGAACAGAGCUUGUUGCUGCCUUGUUCGAAGAGUGCAAGCCAUCCUCCACGUCGGGUCUCUGUGUCAAUCAUCCUCAUCAAAUCGCUGCGGUCAUCUGGGAGGUGUUUAUGGCGCUCUUGAUCAAGGGCGUUUUGACCAUCGUCACAUUCGGUAUCAAAGUUCCUGCUGGAAUCUUCAUCCCCUCCCUCGCCGUCGGUGCCUGUUUUGGUCGCAUUGUCGGACACGCCCUCGAGUACAUUGAAUUCACCAACCCCGAUCUCUCCAUCUUUGACGUCUGUCGCGAUACGGAUUGCGUCGUCCCUGGCCUCUACGCCAUGGUUGGAGCCGCUGCCACUUUGGCGGGUGUGACUAGGACGACUGUUUCGUUGGCGGUCAUCAUGUUUGAACUGACGUCGACGUUGAAUUAUGUCGUUCCUGUCAUGUUGGGGGUUUUGAUUGCAAAGACUGUGGCGGAUGGGUUGGAGAAGAAGGGGAUAUAUGACCUCGUCAUCGAUCUUAAUCAGCUUCCAUACCUUGAUUCCAAAAACGAAUAUCUCUGGGGAUCCCGACGCGCAUCGACAGUAGCCGACCGCUCCACUCCACACCUUCGUGCCGAUAAGCCCCACACUGUCCGCUCUCUCACUGGCAAGCUCCUCGAGCUCGUCCGCCUUGGUCUGGAAGAUACAGGCUUCCCCGUACUUGUCAAGGAAGUGACGAGUGGGGGCGGUAAUAGUGGAGGCGGAGGUUUGGGCUUAGGACUUGAGGGAGGCGUCAACAGUGGCAGGGAAAGGAGCUGUCUGAGGGUGGUCGGGUUCUUGGGUAUCAACGAGCUGGAGCACGCCCUGACCGAGCUAGCAGAUGACCCUGAUGCUGCCGUCAACCUCGUGCCCGACGAAUCGCCCAAUACUCGAACGCAUAGCAGUGCCAUGUCCAUUUUCAGUUUUGCCGACUCUUUCUUAGAGAACGCAAACAAUCCAUACGAUUUGAGCCGUUACAUUGACCAGGCGCCCAUCACUGUUCAAAUUCACUCUCCACUCGAGCUUGUGCAGCAACUGUUUGUCAAGCUCGGUGUGAGACAGAUCAUCGUUGUCAACUCUCGAGGUGUCUUCCAGGGGGUCAUCACGAAGAAAGCCUGGUUGAGCUUUUUGAACGAGCUGGAGGAGGGACAUGAGUGACGGGGAUGAGUACGAGGUGGUGUGCAAUCUAUCCAUGUUUCAUCUCUUUGUUCAAGAUUUUGUGGAUAUUCGGUUUUCUGAUCACCAUAUCAUUGUUGAACUCUUUACUUUGCUUUUUAGGUUACGACACAUUUACUCUUCUAUCCGAAAUCUCUAUAACGCCCCUUCACGACGAUUCAUUUUGUAAACACAGCUUUGCUCGGUGAUACUUGCCAUCCAAUGUAACUCUUUCUCAAAUC